AUGGGGCAGGGCGGCAGCCAGCCCCUUCGAUACAAGGGGUCGCCGUCCCCCGGGGCCGUGGCCCACUCGCGGUCGCUGGACAGCGUCGCCGACGCCGGGGACGACGAUCCGGCCUUCGUGAGCGCGCGGGGCUACGACUCCUUCGUCGACGCCCUCGACGGUAGCCCGGAGCCCGCCGUGCCCUGCGCCGAGGGCGACGCCGAGGAGCCGCCCGCGAAGCCGAGCUUCGCCUUCUCCGGCGCGGACCUCUUCCGGUCCCUGCGCCGCGGGUCCGAGUGGAGCCGGUCCCUCAGCGACCGCACGGCCGCGCGGCUGCGGUCGAGGACGGCCGGGUCGCCGCCGGCGUCGCCCGGGCGGCGCGCGCUCUCCAUCGACGCGGCGCGCCGGGCGAGGGUCGUGCGCUGCCUGCGCUGGGCCGGGCGCGCCGUGCUCUGCCGCCAGAUCGUCGCGUCGAGCCGCCUCCGGCGGUCGCUCUACGGCGACGAGAUCCCGCGCGGCGCCUUCGUGGCGCGGUGCGCGCCCCAGGCGCUCUGCGACGCGCUCCCGGCGCUUCUGGCGCUGGUCGCCGGGGCGCCGCACUGGCUCCGGGGGCUGCGGCGCGAGCUCCUCGGGGCCGUCGCCGCGCGGUGCGCGGCGCAUCGGUGCGUGGGACAGGCGGUCCACUUCCUCAAGCAGGCCGCGUGGUGCGACGGGAGCGUCUUCGCCGAGCUCGACGCCCUCGUCGCCGCGGCCGCCGAGGGGCGGACGCCCCACAUCUUCCUCAGCGAGGAGCACUGGGAGUCCAUCGCGGCGACGUUGCUCGGAAGCCCCGCGGGCUUCACGUUACAACUGCCCAAAAAGGUCCGCGUCUUCGACCCCUUCCUCCCGUCGACGUCCAUCUCCUACAUCCGCGUCGAGAAGGUCUUCCCGUCGAACACGCGGCCGCUGCUCCUGUCGCUCCACGGCGCGCGGCACCGGGCGAGCCCCCCCUCGCGGCUGAUCUACAAGGCCGGCGACGACCUGCGCCAGGACGUGGGCGUGCUCCAGGCCUUCGGGGCCAUGAACUACGCCUUCGAGGUGUCGAACACGACGACGAGAGACGGGAGCCGCGUCUUCAUCGGCACCUACGGCGUCUGCGCGAUGUCGGGCCGCGUCGGCUGCAUCGAGCUCGUCCGCGGCGUCCGCGCGCUGACGGCGGUCUGCGCCAGCGACCGCUUCAGCGACGCGCAGCUCGAGCGGCUCGUGGCGUCGGCGGCGGGGUCCUACGUCGGCGCGCACGUGCUCGGCGUCCGCGACCGCCACUCGGACAACAUCCUCCUCGCGGACGACGGCACGCUCUUCCACAUCGACUUCGGCCACGUGUUGGACGACUCCGUCGCCAUCGACACGGCGUCCUUCGCGACGACGCCGGCCCUGCGCCAGGCCAUGGGCGACGCGGUCUGGGCGAAGUUCGUCGACGCGUGCGCGGCCGCGUUCCUCGCGCUCCGCGCGCACGCGGACCUCGUCGUGUCCACGGCCGCGGCGGUGCUCGCGUCGGCGGCCAGGGACGGCGCGCCGGCCGUCGCGGCCUGCGUGCGCAAGUUCCUCCUCGUGGACCUCGACGACGCCGCGGCGACGGCGAAGAUCCGGAAGCUCGUCGACGGCGGGCCCGCGGCCGCGAAGACGCGGCUCAAGAACGCGAUCCACGCCCUCGCCGUGCGGCGGCUCCAGGUCGCGACGACGCUGAAGCACCGGCCGCCGCCGGCGCUGGCCGUCGGGAGCCUGUGGAAGCGCGGCGAGGGCGCCGCGGCGGGCUGGCGGAGGCGGUCCGUCGCGCUCAUACCGGGCGACGCGGGAAGCGGCACGGGCGCGCCGAAGCUCUACUACUUCGCCUCGGACAAGGACUGGCACGCCUUCCGCGACGAGGGCACGCACACGCAGAAGGGCGUCAUCUUCCUCGAGAACGUGUCGUCCGUGCGCCGCGUCGUCGUCGCCGCGCCGUCGUUCCGGGGCGCCCGCGACCCCCCGAGCGUCGACGUGCCGGGCCUCGGCGCCGUCGAGCCCUCCUUCUGGCGCGGCCGCGGCCCCGCGAGCGCCGACGCGCCGGGCCUCGGCGCCGACGCGCCGACCCCGGCGGACGCGCCGCCGGAGCCGCCGGAGGCGGGCGACGCCCGCGCGUCGGAGGACGGGGCCCGCGCGUCGGGCGACAAGGCGGCCUACGACGCGCUGCCCGUCCUCGAGGUCCGCGCGCGGUCGACGUCCGGCGGCUCGUCGCUCUUCCGCGUCUCGUCCGCGUCUCCGCGGAGCGCGGCCUGCGCUUCCUCGACGCUGCGCCUCGCGCUCGUGACGGACAUGCGCACGUGGCACCUGCGCUUCGAGGCGCCGCGCGAGCUCCACCGCUGGGCCAAGCUCCUCGCGUCCUACGCGGACCUCGCCGCCGGCGACGACGGCGACGUUGACGACGCGCCCGCGCGGUCCAUGGGGACGUCGAAGAUCGACCCGAACAGGAUCAGGAAGGCGAGCAGGACGACGACGAUCCACUGGGGCACGGCCUGGAUCACGUCGAUCAUGAAGCGGACCGUGGACACGUAG